UUUUUUAAUCUUUGUUUGUUUUGUUAAAAAUCCAUAAAUCUCCAUUUACAACAAUAUAAGAGGAAAGGAGCAAAUUAUUUCAUUUUAGAAGUAUAAGUUACUCAGUAGCGCGCAGAUACCUCCGCCAAGCACGAAAUAUCCUACACAUCACUUUCUUGUGUCAUAUUGGAAAUAUAAUAACAGGGAGUGGUUUGAUAACAUCAAUUAUACAUUUUUCAUAAAACAGACUUAAUGACGGAGGACAUAAGAAAAAAUCCUGAAUCUUAUUUUUGAGUAUUGGAUACAUUUGCUUUUUAAUUUUUUGCAGCGACCGCCCAUUUGAUUAUCUUUAGAAGGCACAUAAGAUGGAUGACAGUUAAUCUGCCAGGACAGUUUUACCUCUGCCCUGAUUUCAAAUGGCUGUGAUGCACAUCUGAGUUCACAUGCAUGAUGUGUGGCAGGACUCAGGAAGUGGUGAUGAAACAAAGGUAGAGAAAGCAGAAGUGUGUCUGGCGCAGAGACUCUGCCAGACACCCUGCGCUCACUGGAGAGUCUGGCAUCCGAGAGACAAUUUCACAACCAUCAAACUCCAACUUCCUGCAGUGACACCAUGACAUUCAACUGCACAUUUGACGCAGUGGACGAGCUGAUGAAAUAUUUGGAGCUGGCCAUCUACAUACCCAUAUUCAUCUUUGGUCUGUUCCUGAAUGUCGUCGCGCUGGUGGUGUUCUGCAUCUUUAUGCGAAAAUGGACCGAGACCACGAUCUACAUGACCAGCUUGGCUCUCAUGGACAUGCUGCUCCUCUUCCCUCUUCCCUUCAAAAUGCAUGCGACCAAUAACAACUGGGCGGCCUCCCUCCACCCUUUCUGCUCAGUCUUGGAGAGCCUGUACUUUGUCGGGAUAUAUGGCAGUAUCUACACCAUCAUGUGUAUAGCCCUGGACCGGUGGGUGGCUAUCUGUCACCCAUAUAAAGCCAAGUGGCGGCGCUCGCCCAAAGCAGCUCUAGGGACCUGUGUGGGGGUGUGGUUGCUGGUGCUGGCAGUUCUCUUUCCAACCGUCCAUGGCUUCAGGGAGCCCGCGAAGGUGGACUUCCAGUGCUUCCACGAGUUUUCAAACAAAGGUUGGAGCCCCCCUGUGAUCAUCUGCCUGCAGCUGUUUGGGUUCCUGCUGCCGGCCCUGGUGGUGGUCUGCUGCUCAGUGCAGACCAUCCGGGCUCUUCGGCAGUCUGGUGAGCACAGCCCUCAGAGCCGGGCCUGUGUGAGGGUCAUCUACAGCAGCCUCGCCGCCUUCCUGUUACCCUUCACCCCGAGCCACCUCGGCAUCCUCCUGCAGUUCCUGGUGCACCAAGGAGUCAUUCAGGAUUGUGACAACAAGACCAGGAUCAGCGUGUUCAUACAGGUAGCCAUGUGUCUGUCCAACAUCACCUGCUGCCUGGACGCUUUCUGCUACUACUUCAUCGCCCACGAGGUGAGGAGCUCCAAAGACAACUUCAGGAUGUCGAUCAGCCAGAGAAGAGCCACGUUCAGCACAUCAGAGGUCUGAGGAAGGACAGUUUGAGUUAGAGCAUGAUGGGGUCCUCAGGAGGACCAGUUGACACAAGAUCUGGCUUCUUGAGAUUUAGCAGGGCUAUGAAAGGACGGAAGAGCCUGUGUUUCAAGGGGCUGAAGAAAUGGCUUGCAGAGAGUGCGACCUCGAUUGAAAACAGAGCAGAGAAUAACUUUGAGGCUGUCGUGUUUAGGAAUUUUUUUUUGUGAUUAGGUCCAAUGACAGGAAGAAAGGAGGCACCUCCUGAAACCUCAAAGAGAAAUACCACAGCAUGAGACUUGUCUCAAAGAACUAUCAGGUCGUACACACUGACAGCGAGACACUGAUGUGGGAUGUGAUUCAUUUGAAAGCAGCAGGAUAUUAAAGAGCACAGUCAUUUUAUUUUCUCAAGAAGUGAAGUCAAACAUACUGGACUAAAGAUCGGGGACGAUAAACUCUGGAUUAAUCUGGUUCGAUAGAUACCAAAACAUUUUUAUUAGAGACGGGUUAAAAUAUUAAUUUAUUUGUGAUUUAUUUAUAGACUUAUCGCGCAUCUCUAUAAAAUGCAGAUAUACAUAAAAAUCAACUUCAAGCCAGUAUAUAAAUUAGACCUAAGCAAUUAAAUAAAUUUUUAUUAAUUUCCAUAUUCAUGCAAAAGUGAAUUUCAAUACUCAUUUAUCUAGUAUAUGAAUAACCGCAUUUUAGUUGUGAUCUUGAAACAUGUGAAUUUAAUGCAAAUGAAAAUAACAAACGAUUUUUAUCAAACUUUAAUUAUAAUUUCUUAACUUCUUCUUCAGCACAUUUUUUAUUGUAACGCAAAUAACAAUAUCUAUCACCGAUUUAUAAGUAACUGUAAAUAUAGCAUCAGAAUAGUAUUUACAUUAAAGUACCCAUAAUCUAUUAUCAUUAUCCAUAAAUAAAUCCGGUGGCAUUAUGAUAAAUAAUUUUGCCAUGUUUAAAUUAUUUAAAUUAUAUUUUUGGAUGAAUAUACUUUAUCAAUAAUCCCAAUCUGAAUGAUGAGGCUAAUAAUUGAAAAUAAAGUAAUCUGACGUUUUAUGAGUAGAAACUGAAACUGAAACUGUUUGGUGUGUUUUUACAUUUCAACUGACAAAAUAUGCAAAAUGUAAAUAUCAUUUCACUAUGUACUUUUUAUUAGGAUUUUUAUUUAAAACAUGCAGCUUCACGAAUAUGCAUUUUCUUAAUGUUAAAAGGCUAUGAUGCUGUGGUGGUUACUGUACAUGAAUGCUUUUUUAUCAUGGUGUAUAAUCUGUAAAAUAUUGUUUUUGUCUUGAUGGUUUUAGUUUUACACCUUCCUCCUCUCUGCUCCAGUUUUCUUUAAUUUCUUUGCUUUUUAAGACUGAAGUGAUCCAGCUUGAGCUGCAGUUUUAUCUGUGGGCUCUGUAAAAUUAAACAUGUGAGCAUAAAUUUGUAUUUAUUAGAGCUUGACAGGAAGAUGGUGUUGACGGUUUGUUUUCUUACACAAUUAGAUUCAAUUGAAUGACUUUACAAUUAUGUUGAGACAUGAACGUUGGAUCUGUUUGGCCAUUGAAGACAAAGAAAAAUGCACUUUUAUAUUCUCAUGGCAUUAAUGUGGAAACCACAGAGCCUGUUACUUGUGAGUGUGUGUUUUUUUACCACGAUGACGCUGCAGAUUUCUCUUCUGUAAAAACAGAAGACGAAAGCAUGUGAACUGAAUAAAACUGACAGAAGCUGCGAGGAAGUUCAAAAAGGAAAGGAAGUUCUUGUCCCUUUAUGAACAAGAACUUCCUUUCAUAUUAUUAUUCAUGAUGUGUGUUAUGGAAAGUUUUAGGCCUAGUUUGUCAAUUCAGUUUCAGACAAUACAUCUGUUAACUACUUAAAUUCCCCCGUGGCUCACCAGCCUGGUCUCCCUGAUGGAUUUAGAAUAAAUCAUCCGUCUUUGGAAAAAACAUCAUUCUUUUCCCCGCCCAGAUUUUCUUCACAUUGUGUAUGUUUGAAUGAGUCGGUUGCAGAUAAAAACGUGAAAGACAAAA